AUGGAAACGCCGCUGGCCACACAAAGGAACACCAGCAGCAGCAGUAGCAGCAGCAGCAGCAGCAGCAGCAGCACUGCAAGCAGCAGCAGCAGCAAAGAUGCAGCAGCAACAGCGACACCACAACGGCAACUGCAGAAUAACAGCAGCAGCAGACUCGCAACAGCUGCAGCAAUUCAACAGCCGCUGCACAGCAGCAGCAACAACAGCAGUAGCAGCAGUAACGGAGCAGCAGCAGCAGAGCAGCAGCACAAGAGCCACAGCUGCCGUAUAAAAGCAGCAGCAGCAGAAAUGUAG